AUGAGCCAACAGCCCGAGGAAACCCAACAGACGGCCCGUGCCUACGGUGUCUACGUUGACGAGAACCAGAAAAUUCACUACGUUAACUGCGCUCCGUCAAAGCGACGAUCGCGUGCCGCCAAAAAAUCGGCCGGCCACCCCGCCUCCAGCCCCAGCUUCUUCACGAGCGUUCGUGAUGAGCGCAGCAUGAAUUGGGCCGUCCAGCUGUUCCUCUUCCAGAUGACGUUUUUUGGGCAAUCAGCGGCGGCGGCAGCCGCCGAUGACCCGCACGGCGGUACGGGAGACACGAUGGAAACGGCGUUCGCCGACGAUCCUCGAGCGCGAGUUAAGGCGCGCGGGAUUUCCUCAGAAGAAUUUGAGCAGCGAAAAGCCCAAUGCCAACGGGCCGAAUUCCGGGACUAUACGGCGCAGGAAGAUUAUUUUCUGCUGGCUGGCGGAGAGGCAAUAUUCUCGGAAGAUCGCGCGGCCAUCCAAGUGGAUAUCCCCUGUCAGCUCGGGACUGCUGAAUUGAGAUUUGACUUCUGGACGAACAGCUACAACGUGACGGUGAAGGUUUGCCAAGAACUGACCGGGCAACAGCCGAUUUGCGAUUACAUGGUGUCCCCGGAAAACCCGCUGAACGUUACGAUACCGGGCUCCGGUGAGCCAUUCCGGUUAUACAUCGAGAGCCGGGGCCUUUCCGAAGAGGCCAUUAUUCUCAUAGAUAACAUCCGCUAUGACGGACAGCUGUGCGAAGUGGACGCUCCAAACAACGGCGGCGCGAAGCCGUUCUCCUUGUCGAUAACGCCGAGUAAACAGCCUGGAAACACUGCGACAACCGCUAAAUCCGAUGCCUCCGUGGAUUUCGAGGUGCUAGAGCCCGGCGAGGCUCCUAUAUUCACGAGCAGCACGGUUUCGGAGAAAGACACGAAAACGUAUCCGAUUUGUCGCGCCCUACCCUGCAAUUUCAAUGAUGGGGCUGGGUGUCACUACAGCAUGACCGGGAUCGGGAGCACGUCGCGGUGGCAGAUCGGCCAAAAGUUCAUCGGAAAUAAAUUGACAGGUGUACACGUUGACGAUUUCAACGAAAUGGCCAAUGAGCGGGAAGCCGGAUACGCCUUUGUCGGCAGCGACUACGAGGGGCUUCAAGAUGAGGUGUUCGUCAUGGAGUCGCCGCGAUUUGCGCAUCGCGAGAACAGCUACUUGGUUUUCGACCUGUUCCUUCGGUCAUUUGGGCCUCAACUAAGGGUAUGUAUCGACUCGUUCGACUACUGCCCCUACUCCAACCCGGCCGUCAACAAGACCAAGUAUUGGUUCGUCGACCAGCGGGUCUUUUUGCCGCCCGGCAUGAAGAAGGUCUAUUUCAUUGCCGGCAAAGUGAAACGGCACCAUUUCCUGGCCAUCGACAACAUCCGGCUCCAGAAGGAAUCCGGCGGCGAUCCGUGCGCUAAUAACGACCCUACGCGACUGUACGACAGCUUCUUGCGGAAAUUGUUGAAAAUC